UUCAGAUUAAACCAACAUGAGCAACGGGAGCAGAUAAACCAUGUUUAAAACUGUCUUCUUGGGAGAUUGUACAAAUUUCUUUUUUAAUCUGUACUGGUAACUAAACAAGUGCCACGAUGCAAAGUAGUAACGAUCAUGAGAAACCCGACCAAGACUUGAAAGGAGAAGACAAAAUAAGCUGGGUUGAGGUCAAAAAAUUUGUAGAGGAGAAAAAGAUAGAGCAAGCUGAGUGUAUCUUCUUGCGCAAGCCUAAUAGCGAAGUCGAAAUUCCUUCCAAAGAGAGGAAGAAUGAGGACGAGAAAGAAAGACUUUGCGAACCUCACGGCCUGGCGAUUUCAGAACAUAUUAGAAGUCGGAAUGCGAAGCGUGACGAUAGUCCUGAAUGCGAUACAGAUUGGACAACGACAAAAUGCUAUGGUCAAACAUACAACUCAUCGUCACCGGAAAACCGAGACAGAAGAUGAUGAUGAUUACGAUAUGCAGACUGGACAAAUAAAUACAAUGCUCUGGGGGCAGAUCAACUUUGGAUCGCCAAGUCAAAAUCCGGCUCAGUUUGCAACGGAUAGACUGAAUGAUGCUGCUGAGAGUUUGCAGAAAAUAAUGGCGGACCUGAAAGAGCAAUUGCGAAGACGUGACGGCGAGGAAGCAAACGAAAUCGAACCUAAACACGGCGAACUGCCCUGCUGCAGAAUCAGAACUGACCUUUAUUUUCCGGGUCCGUUCCACACCCCUCGUCUGAACUAUCAGCAAAGUGAAAGGUCACUACAUGAAGAUUAACCUCCUUUUGACCAAUUGUUUCAUUCUUUGUCGUAACUCAAUCACAAUAUUGUAUAUGCCCAUCUGACAUGCUUUAAUUUGAAGAGCUCUUCAUGUGGUCUUACCAGAGAAAAAUAUCAUCACCCUGAAUGAAAGGGAGAACAUAUAGCCCCUGGAACGUAUAGCUGCUAGCAGAGAACUAAAUAAUAGACAAAAUUUGCUCGUUUUUUUUUCGCGCUCGUCACAAUCAUACUGGUUACCGCGAAUCUAGCCAGUUUUUAUUUAUUUGGUCAAGUCACAGCACGUCAAGACCUGUAUCUCUGAAGAAAGGUCCUCGGCAGCACUAUCGAUCCUGACACCUGGAGUACGCCUGGGGCGACUCUGGAAAUCACCACAGGCCAAUUUUUCAACGCAUCACCAUUGAGUUGCACAUUUGAAAUUCGAUUUGGCACAAACCGAACAGUGUUUCUAAACGUGACAGCUUGUAAAAUGAAGCUUGGUCAUCUUGGCUGGAAGGCAGUGCAUAUGUCAUGCGUCAAACCAGGACUGAGCGACAAAGAGAAAUGGCUAUUCGACCACGCCCAUCUCAGCUACUUAUAAUUGAAAUAGGCACAAAACGUAGGUUGCGAAUUGAUACUGAUUGAUUCUAACCAGUAUUAUUCGUCUAGACUGCGUAAUUCAUACUAUUUGUUGUUGUUGUUUUUUUUAAGCUAAUUUACUGUUUUGAAGAAUGACAAGCAAUGUAUGUGAUGAGCAGGUUUCAUUGAAAUUCGAAGCAGAAGUUGCUCAGAAAUCAUCGGAGAUGUACCAGCAAAACUACAGCCACCGCUACAUGGCGCCGACUGUCACUUGGGUCUUGCAUUAUUGUGACAUGCCGUCAACUUUUGUCUUAGUUUUGACGCCAUGUUGACGUCAUGUUACCAUUUAACAGGCUGUGUAUAGAACUAAGACUUCAGACCUCUAUACAACUGAAACCCACUACCAUACCAAGAUCCCGAUGCACCUUAACCAAUAUCCUCCUAUACUACAAGACCCUUGAGAAAAAUGCUUCUCUCUCAUCUUUGGGUGGUGGGUCUUAGUUUUAUUUGUUUUUAAACAUGACUUUUCUCUAGAUUUCAAGCAUAGUUUUCAAGUUCGAUGAGCACAGUCAUUACUGAGGUGUUGUUCAGGUGUUUUGUUAUCGGUACCGGUAGUUGUCAAGUUGAUAAGUUUUGAUAAUGAAAGAUAUCAGUGAGGUCAUUCUUAGAGGGGGUCUUAAUUUCAGGUUUGUUAUAGUUUUAUAGCAUAAAAUAUGUGGUGUUAGUUUUAGAGUUGAGUCUUGCAUAUAGUUUUAUUGCUUAGAUGGUAUUAGUUUUAUUUAAAUUUAAACAUCACUAAUUAUGUAGUUAUUCAAGCAUAGUUUUCAUGUUGUGAUGAUACACAGCCAUUACUAAGGCGUUAUUCAUCGGGUCUUAGUUUUACAGCUUAAGGGGGUUUUGCUUUAUGGAUUCCCAAAGUGUUUAAAAUACUAGACAUUCAAGGGUACCGGUCGUUUUGAAGAGAUAAGACACCACAGGUGGGCGCAUUUGGCUUUGUGCAAGCACUUCCGCCAAUGAGAGAGGAUGUUUCAGGGGUUUGUGUGCAGGGAACAGAAGCAAACAUCAACCCCUGAUUUCAUCUGGGCUGUGGUUGAUAUAAAUUAGUCAGAGAGGCUAUUGGUCGUAUGCUAAUUAUUUUGGCGGAUGACAAAAUCCCUGACAUCUGAUUGACUCUUUUAAAUAUGACCUAUUCAUGUCAUUGAAUAAUUUCCUGUUCCUAAAACAGGAACUGACCAAUCUAAAGGACAAUACUAUCAAAAUUUGGUACUCGUUGGUAUAUAUGAUAACAAGGAUAUCAGAUUAACAUUAUGCACAAACAGACGAUUUAUUUGAUCAACAAAAAACAUAGCUACAUGUAUGUUCGUUUCAGCGUUUUCUCUAUAUAAUACGCAACAAUCAAAGAUUGAGUCAAUGACGUCACGUUAACGUCAGACAUUAAGGUGUCAGUUAUGUGAUCUUUCCAAAAUUUGUCAGAAAUCGACAUGAGUAUCUGGUAUCUGGUAGAUGUUGUACCUAUUUGUAAAGGUAGUUAAUAAAACUUGGAAUCAGUGAAACCAUGUAACCUGUGCUAAACCAUGGAAUCAGUCCUAAAAAUGUAUAAAAACAUGAAAUAAUGCCAUUGGAACCUGAGGUGGUUACGAAUCAAUAUUUGGAGCUUACUUUUACAUGAUCAGAUCGGAAUUUGACGGUAGUUUAGAAAUCAGUCGCAUUUCCGAUUCAAUAAUCUAUAUUUUAGAACAACCCAGUCAUACCUCGCCUCCAGUGUACAUUACUGAUCUCCCAAAUAUGGGCAUGCACGUCACAACACGCCCACCACACACCCAUAAUAUGCACCAAUCAGCGCUCCGCUUACUACGCCACCACACGGGGCCUAAUUUAACUACGGAGCGGUGUGAUCAUACAGGGUGAUACAGAGAAGAUUGACUACAUCAUGCAGUACCGGCUGGCACUUAUCCGUACAUAAUCUUAAGCAUGACAAGAAACGUAUAAGAAGAUUUAUUACCGAAGGUUUUAGCCGGGUUUGGAGAUGAAAACGAGCUCAAAAUCACUGAAAUCGAGUGGGUUUAACGACAACAAUGCAUUUCAAAUGCAUUCCAUGAUGACGUCAACGUCCACAAAAAGGUGUUUUCUGGAACUACUGGCAAAUUGCUAUCAAAAAAGUCAGCUGAGACGAGAUUGGCAGUUGGAAGGGUAUAAAUUGUGGAAGGAACGCACCCGAUUUCACGCGGUACUUGCAGAGUGAUUCCACGGUUUAGUACUGACUAUUCCAAGGUUUAUCACUGGUUACAUGGUUUCACUGAUUCCAAGCUUUAUCAACUACCAGAAAUCAGCGCAUUUUGUACCCUGAAUUAGGCAUAGGUCAACAAAAUCUAGCUUUUUCUACUUAUUCAAGACAGCUAUAUCAAUUUAAACCUACCAAAAGAUUCUUUAAGUUAUCAUCUAGAAAUGUCUACCAGCAAAUCCACGUCAAGUGCCACAAAACAGGAAUUAUUCGCUGUUGAAUCUGCCAGAAUUUUCAAAUUUGUUGUUGUCGUCUGCAAGCGCUCGUGGUAACCAUAGUGAACAGUGACUUGCUGACACUGUCCGAAUCCCCAAAACUGUACAUGGUAUAUAAAGUAGCAUAUGGUGAGCCCGUUUUUCGAUCACAGAGACCUCACUUUCCAUGACCACUGCGAUGCUAAUAUGAGCUGGAUAUAGCCAACAACUUCACAGGCGUUGCCCUUUUUAUCAUCUCUGAACGCAGUGUUCAGAGCGCAGUGUUCAGAGGUGAUAAAAAGGGCAAACAGGCUACACUUGCCGAACAUAUCAGAGGGCUGAUCGGAGCAAUAGCGAUGGUCAGCGGCAUCACGCUAACUUGUUACCAUUGUGCGUACAGUGAUGCCGUUUAUAUAUGAGGAUAGGUGAUAAAGCUUGGAACCAGUGAAACCGUGAAACCAGUGAUAAACCUUGGAAUCAGUCCUAAAAAUGCAUAAAAACAUGAAAUAAUGCCAUUUGAACCUAAGGUGGCUACGAAUCAAUAUUUCACAGUGAUUCCACGGUUUAGUACUGACUAUUCCAUGGUUUAGCACAGGUUACAUGGUUUCACUGAUUCCAAGGUUUUUUUUGGUUUUUUUUUGCACCAGAUAUGAACGCUUCGGCUUUACAGUUGGGUCCCGCGUAAAAUUCCCCCAGUCAAGAAUCACGGUAAGAUUGUUUUAAGAAUCUUGACUAAGAUAAGAUAAGAUAAGUAAGAAGCUUCUAACAAUAUGGUCUUUCGACCUUGGACAUUACCUUGGGGAAUGGCCGAUUUUUCCUUUAUUUUAAAUAAAUGUUGUAUUCGUGAUGAAUGUAAUAGUAAUAAUAAUAAUAAUAAUAACAGUCUCUUUUAUAGCGCUAUUCCAUGGACAGAGUCCUUGCUCACAGCGCUCCCUCUCCAAAAGCUCGCACAAACAGCCAGGUCUUUAUCGCUCCCUUGAAUUUUUCAGUGUCCACAGUGUCCAGAAUGUGGCAUGGAAGAGUAUUCCAUAGACGCGGUCCAUAACACUUGAAACUACGAUCCCCAAAAGAAGUCUUGGUUCUGGGAACCACCAGCUCCGAGAAAGCACCUGAUCGGGUUGUGCGAGGAGCAGGUUUCCCAGAAACAAGGUCUCUCAGAUACUGGGGAGCUGCACCCUGCACGCACUUGUGCACCUGAAGCAACACCUUAAAGUCAAUCCUUUCUGCCACAGGCAGCCAGUGAAGCUUGAUCAAAGUGGGUGUUAUGUGAUCAAACUUCCUGACUCUGCAAACGAUGCGAGCAGCAGUAUUUUGAACACGCUGUAAUGGAGCAAGUGUCUUCUUCGGUAAACCAGCAAGUAUAGUAUAGACCAUGCAGCCUAGACGAUUGUCCAAAUAUACACGUUGUGAUCAAUUGAUACGAAAUACUCUAGACUCACCGUUCUAACACCGGUUCAUCAUCUCGGGGCAUGACCACCCCCAGCACAAUACGCAUUGGACAGGCGAAGGCCCCUUCAUACCUGAUUAGCUCAGGGCCUAUCUGCCCUUGCAGUUUGAAGAAAUCGACACAAAAACGUCAAGGGCAAGACAUGUUGCAUGAUCAGAAAUGUUAUCCAACUUGCUGUCGCCGCGCUACUGGCUAUCUCGAUUGAACUAUAUUGAAUUGCAUCAAAUGACAAAAGUCAUAUUAACAUCUUUGGGGGCUUGGUUUGCAUAUUCCAAAACGGUCGUAGGUCGACGAGUCUAGAGUACAAGUUUUUAUUUUUUUCAUGUGCGAAAUAAAAUUUGCUAAAACAAAUUAAUGUGUCGAUGUGAUGAUUCUGUUGCUUGAUUCUGGAGUGUAACACGUGCUCUCUGUCUGGUGUUGCUAGGCGCAACCCUCACCUUCUGUACACUCUGGUGCAUGCUGUGACAUACCCUUCGGUGAUUUUUAUGAAUACAUACCUUCUGUACAGUUUGCAAUUGGUUCGUAAUGGGAAGUAGUGUUCG